AUGAUGUCUCCACACGACUUAUCCGUUUUAAUCUCCUCAGUCUUGGGACUGGUCUUGGCAAUCCCUUCUAACACUUGUAUUGUGAUGGGUAAUCUGGACAUCAUCAGAAAGAAAGGGAAGUUGAAUCCCUCCGAUGUGAUCUUUCUGGGGAAGGGAAUUGUGAAUAUUCUCCUCCAGUGUGUGCUGAGCCUACUGGUAAUGUUCAUUGUCUUUUCUCCAAAAAUAUUUUUCAUUAGACAAAUAUUUGUGUUUUUGAAAACAUCAGGUUACUUCCUAACCUACUACAGCUUCUGGUUGACCUUCUGGCUCUCGGCUCAUUACUGUACCAGCAUCACCAAUCUCAGCUAUGGGUUCUUCAUCUGGAUAAAGAGAAUUGUGUCCAAUUUCCUGAGUCACCUUCUAUUCCUGACAGCAUUUCUGGUAUUUUUUGUGAGUGUUCCGGGCUUCUGGAUUCUGUAUGGAGAAAGUAUCUCAACUUCUGAGAACAGUACAGAAGCCUCUGAUAACAAGUUUAAUAAAAUCCGUUACUAUGCUUGGGCUACAAACACCCUGGGCUCCCUUUUACCAUUCUUCCUUAGUCUUCUGUGUCUGGUCCUCACUUCCUCCUUUCUGCUCAGACACGUCUGGAGGGUGAAGAAUAACGACUCGGGAUCAACACGUCCAAAUCUUCAGGCUCAUGUCUCGGCACUGAGAACAAUCUUCUUCUUACUUCUCAUCUUCACCUUAUUCUGCAUGUCUCAGUCACUUCUGUUUCUUCAAAAUCUCUCCCUUGUUAUAGUCGGUUGGAAUUUACAGUUAUUAGCUCCAUCGGCCGAGGCCGCCAUCAUCUUCCAGGCCAGCAACGAGCUGAGAAGGAUCAUUCUGAGAAGAUUCUGGACCAGAAGCCGGAGGAACACAGAGACUUAA